CAGAUGCAAACCACCUAUGUCCUCCAGAGCCUCCACCUGAGAAUUCCACAGUUUUCCAACAGCACAUCAAACGGCACCAUGAACGUCCCCACGUUCCCGGCGGCUUGGCUGACCAUGUUUGAUGCUGUCCUCAUCCUCAUCCUCAUCCCCCUGAAAGACAAAGUGGUGGACCCCAUCUUGAAGAGGAAGGGUCUCCUUCCUUCCUCGCUGAAGAGAAUCGCCUUUGGGAUGUUCUUCGUCAUGUGCUCUGCAUUCGCUGCAGGAAUAUUGGAAAGCGACCGGCUGAGGAGAGUCAAGACCAAAACGAUUGAUCAGAAGAUUGGGACGGCCAUCUACUAUGCAGCCGACAUGUCCGUCUGGUGGCAGGUCCCUCAGUAUAUUCUGAUCGGAAUCAGCGAAAUCUUAGCCAGCAUUGCAGGUUGGUUUGCCAUGUUGCGUGUGUCACAGGAAAACAGGCCCCCUUUAAGGUUCUUCAUUUGGUUCAUAAUUCCCUAGAUGUUCUGACCUAGGCUUCCCCAAAUAGCACGAGGCAGAUUCCUGGUCCUGACAAUAUCCCUUUUGUUAAAUGAACGUGAUUUCCUCUCAUUCACAUUCAGCCAAGGCCUGGUAAACAGUCUUUCAAAGGAAUAUUUA